AUGUCGAAUGGGAGCCGAACGUAUACUGUGGAUGAGGUGCUCAUGUCUUCUGGGUUUGGCAAAUUCCACGUCCUGGUGCUCGCAUACGCCGGCAUGGGCUGGGUUUCCGAAGCAAUGGAGAUGAUGCUGCUAUCUUUUGUUGGCCCAUCUGUUCGGUCGGAGUGGCGACUAUCCUCACAUGAGGAGAGCCUGAUCACAAGCGUCGUAUUCGUCGGUAUGCUGGGUGGAGCAUACACAUGGGGCGUUAUUUCAGACAUUCACGGUCGAAGGAAAGUUUCAACCCUUUCUCAAAAAAUCCGUAAAAUUUUAUUUGUAUCUUUCUUUAGACCUGGAGGAACUGUGUUAUUUGUGCUUCGCAAGAGCAGCCGACUGUGGUUUUUUAUUUUUUUCUGCUCAACCGUAACUAAAAUGAUACCUACGUACCCUAGCAUUUUUUUUUCCUUUAAUGAUACCAAGAGGUUACUGAAAAGCUUUGCUCAUAUGACUUUGUGCUUGACAUGACGUUUACUCGCGGACAUCAGUGGGUUGGCUUCAAUUCACAGCCAAUGCAAUCAGAAUCUCUUCGUUAUCGUUUCUCUGAAUUUAACAUCUUUUGCUGCAAUCGGGAAGGGUGUGCAGAUUGUAAUCAAGCCUCAAAAACUUGCCCAACACAGCAUUUAAGCAAACCGAAUGCAUGAAAAUUGCAUCAGAGAAAAAUUCCUUCACCAGCUGAACGCAAGGAAAAUGCAAUCGGCAAAAGUUAUCUUACCAGACAGGAUCAAAAAUGCAAUCGGCAGAUAGGCCUGGCUAUCCAUAGUUAUCGAUCAGUAUUUAUGAAGUCCGAUGACACUUUGUCCAAAGACCCAUGGUCUGACAUCUUGUAACUUUGCCCAACUGGUCUAUAAAUCUUCUGUCUAUUAAUAGUCUUUAUUUUGCAUGGCAAUGCGACCAAAUGAUUCCAUUGAUCAGCUUACAUUGUGCAGUUGAUCAUAUCCCAUUCACAGUUUUCACUUCUCAUGGUACGAAAAGAACAAAUAAAUGUCCAGGGUUCAACUUUAGAGGAGAGCAAUGACUGCACGCAUGCUUUUUUAUUGGCCUCUUCUUUUAGAUAUAACAUUAUUUUACUUCUGCCAGCUGGAGAGCGACUCAACAGCUCCUGGUCAUCCGUUCUUUUCUGGCAAACAGAAAAAUAGUGACGAAACAACCCGUUUUGAAGCAAACAGAAUACGAAAAAAAUGUACACCUUCUAAUAUACAUGGAAAAUAAUAUGAUAAAUCGGGGCAUAAUCCCAGACAAGGAUUUUCGUGUGAAGGCUUUGGGAUCAGUUUAAUCAACUGCACCAUUAGGGAGUUCUGUGAGCCCUGUAAUAUUAGCUGCAGUAGCCCAAUCGUCUUAAACUACUCAGCCUCUACUGGAACGACCUGCAACAAGUCCCCCAACUACCACUUGACGUUGUGAUAACCAUCCCUCAUCCGCUGACCUCUUCCAAUUCUGAAUCUCAGCCAUCAUGCAGUACUACUUUCUAAAAUGUAAAUGCCAAUAAUCCCCAGCAGCCACCAACAAUGAUCGCCCAGGCCUACAGCUUAUAGUCUCCACUGUCCUCCACCAGCAACUGCAAUACUGAACCUUGGCUGCAUCUAACACUGUUCAGCUGUUGUGUGCCUAAGGAGAACUGCUCUCUAUAUCGAGUGAGAUCUAGAGAACUUGAACCCGCACACAACCUCAUAUUUCCAAUUUGGGACAAGUCUCAUACCACAGAAACUUCCCACCCCAAAGUCCUGGGGUUAUAUACAUCUGAGCGACAGAAGAAUCACUCUCAAGUAUUGUGCAGAGCUGAGAACCGAGUCUUGUGAUUUGGGGCUCAUCAUAUUUUGCUCUACAUUUAUAGUCAGCGCAAUGCAACUUCUCUUGCUUUUUAUGUUUUACAUGCUCUAUUAAAUAUGGCGCAUGUGUUUGAUCUUGACAAAAAUCCAUGUGUUUGAUAAUGCAGGAAAGGGUUCCUCUUUACGGCAAUAGUCACCAGUACUGCUGGUUUUCUUAGUGCAUUCGCCCCGAAUUAUUUUUCACUCAUUGUUCUCCGCUUUUUGGUUGGUAUCGGUUUGGGAGGCGGACCAGUGCUCCUGACAUGGUUUCUAGAAUUCGUUCCUGCUCCAAGAAGAGGAUUUUGGUUGUGCAUUUUCUCAGGUUUCUGGACUUUUGGCACAAUUUUGGAAGCUUCCAUUGCUUGGGUACGUCCACCACCAAUCCAGCUUCCCAAAACUUAUUCAGUAGGCAUUAGCAUGUGUUAAAAUUCAUUUAUCUUUUUAGGGGAUACGUCAUACUUCUUUCUUGUGUCGGGUCUCGUACAUGAUCAUGAGCAGAGGGAGGGGCUUCUUUUAUUGGUGGUGAUUGCUGUGAUCAGGGGUGGGUCACGAAAGCCCCUACAUCAUUAAAUGAAUUCCAUCAUCGAAUCUGUUCCCGAAAACUGCACAGUUCCCCUAAAUAGGACGGCAAGUCGUCGUCAACGAAGGUUGAAGUCGGUUUUGCCACUUUGAUGACAAAGCACUAUUUCAUUGCCUAGUGAUGGUGGACACGUGAAUGGCCUGGGUUGGUACGUAUGUGAUGAUAUAUGUAAAAGAAUCAGAUUAUCCCACGUAAAUACGAUUGCCAGUCGCCCAAGUAUUUUUAAACAUAUGUUUAACUUCUCAUAUUUGAUGCAAGAUAUCAUGGUAUGUCCUCUCACGAGUGGACUUCCUUCUAAUAGCUCUAUCACAUGGACAAUACAAACUUUACAGGCAACAAAAGAUGGAACCCUGGUGUUUUGGUAACAUGUGAAGUAAUUUGUUUGUUCCACUCGGAAUCAAUGAGCAUUGAGUGGAGCCUUAUAUUUUAAAACACAUGUUUUCCUUCUCUUAUUCAGUGUGGGAUGUUCUGCUGGCAACUUAUAUGACGAUCCAUUGACGAAACUAAGAUCAUGGGUAUGCACACCAAUGGAAAGGACGAAGCCAUUUGUUGGCUUUAAAAAAUGAGAAUUUCCUUGUGUCCUACUUGGGCACUCUUAUAUAAGAAGUUACUCAUCUAGAUGACAGUUGAUAGUAGCCAGUUGACAAAUUCAGUUCCAAACUUGUGGACAAGGAAAUCCAGGCUAGUCAGCUUUUAUUUAAGUAUGUACCUCGUUGACUUGCACUCGGAGCUGUGUCAACUCAUGAUAUCCUUAAUGUGCAUAUCGAUAAGAAAACCAUUUCUUGGUCUGAGAGCAGGGUAGGUACAAAGGUAAUAGCACAUUAGAGAUGUAGGGAUUAGAAACUGGGGAAACUAUAUAUCAAUGAGUAGAAUGGAGAAGAAUGUGAAAAUUUACUCCCGACAUUGAUUUUGCCAAGUCUAAAACGCUAUUUAGUUCUGGAACUAUGAUUGGGUCCCAUAUUAGGUAGGAGUGAUCUUCACAGUCGUUUUUGGACUUGUAAGGCAUGACCUUCAUGGUCUCUCCUUUGGAACCCUAACCAUGCUAAACCGUCGUUGUUGCCUUGGUCAUGUCAUUGGAAACUUCUUGAAAUGAAACUUAGCAUUAUUGAUCUGUUGUUAUUACUGCAACUUUUAAAAGUGAACUGGGGUCAUCGAAUGACAUCCAGAACUAAGGAUAUCGGUGAGCAUCUCAACAAUAACUUAUAGAAAACAGGUUUAAACCUAUAUCUUAAAUUGCAAUAUGCUCAACAAGAUAAUGUCCACUCGAUCAUAUAAAUUAUGGCUGGACUAUGAUUUUCUCGUCUUCAGGACCCCGACACCCUCAUGAAGGCACUAAUAUAAGGUUUGUAGAAAGAUUGCUUGAAAUAGUCUAAAGUUAGUUCCAGGGACUGGUAUGUCAAAUACAAUGAUAAAGGAGCUAAUACUGGUCAAUGAGGAUCACAUGAUUUUCAUUUCAUAUUUGUCUCUUAACAUCACAACUGGCGUUUUCUCUAGAUUUUUCAUGAUGUGAAUGUCUGUUCAACCCGUAACCUAUAUUACAAGCUUUUUAUCUCUGUUUCUGUUGCCUUCUUCAUUUGGCUCCUGGAGGCUUUGACCAGACAAAACACUAAUCAGUGUCUGUAAACUCGUUUCCGUCGAAGUUCUAGUAUUCUAGACAUACGCAGCUGUGUGUAUCAAUGUUGAUGCAGUUCAGUGUCUAUGUAGGCUGUUAUCCCAACGUUGGGCUGGAGGUGGCUACUUGCACUUUCCGCUGUACCCUCUUUUUUCUUGCUUCUGUUCUAUGGAGUCACACCGGAGUCACCUAGGUAUCUAUGCAUGAAAGGGAGAAAUUCCGAUGCACUUCAUGUUCUGGAAAGGAUGGGUAGAAUGAACCGGACAGUAAUGCCUCUUGGCAAGCUUGUCUCACAUCAUAGAAAGGAGGGUCAUAAAAUGGAACAUGAAGACAGUGAUGCAGAAGCAAUGCCUCUUAGUAUGCUCGAUUCCUAUCCGCAGAUGGAACAGGAAGAAGAUACUCGUCGGCUGGUGGUGCCCGAGCCAGAAGAUGAAGCCCCGUCUGUUGGAAAAGCAGUAGAAUCCAAAACGGGAGGAACAAGCGCACUUGUCAUUCUCUUGUCACGAAAUAUGAUUAAAACCACCCUCCUCCUUUGGGUCGUAUUCUUUGGCAACGCAUUCCUUUACUACGGGAUCGUCUUGCUGACCACAGAAUUAAGUGGUGGAAAUAUAAAAUGCAAGUCAACGAAGGGAGGGAGCCCUGCAGGUGUUACCCUUUAUAAGGAUGUUUUCGUCGCCAGUUUUGCAGGUACGAGUGACGGCUCCACAGUUUCCUUGUGUUCUUUUUUUUUUUCUUGUUGCAUCAUUGGUGGAGAUACGCGUUUCGUCCUGAAUUCUGCGGACGAUGUAUUUGUCUUUGGACGAGGAUCAAUCGCCCUGAAGUGACCGGAAAUUUCAUUUCAGAGAUCCCUGGGAUCAUCAUAUCCGCCGUCGUAGUGGACAAAGUGGGCCGCAAGCUGUCAAUGGCGGGCAUGUUCUAUGCCAGUUGCAUAUUCAUCUGUCCACUAAUACUUGAUACGAGCCAAGGGUUUAUCACAGGGUUUCUCUUUGGUGCCCGCAUAUGCAUUGCCACAAGCUUCACCAUUAUCUACAUAUAUGCUCCCGAGGUUGGUGUUCCCUUUCUCCUCUCUCUAGCUAUUCAUUUUGUGCAAGCCUGCAUGGAUCACGGGUCAGCUGCAGGUAUCAGCCGGCAAGCGCAUUCUGACGACGUGCGUCUCUGCUUUUCUGCUCUGAACUCAGGUAUAUCCUACCUCAGUGAGGACGACCGGGCUCGGAAUUGCGAGCUCCGUGGGGAGAGUGGGCGGCAUCACAUGUCCCCUGGUGGCGGUGGGAUUAGUGGCAGACUGCCACCGGACUAUCGCCAUCCUUAUCUUCGCAUCGGUCGCGCUGCUCUCGGGAACGGCUGUGCUCAUGUUCCCCCUCGAGACCAAGGACCGAGACCUUGACGACACGGAACCUCGGUAG